CUGCAGGGUUACGUACUGGGUUCUCCCAGCCCGUGAAGGCAAAUGGGUAGGAACCUACUGCUACUGUCCCAUCUGGUGGCUGGAAGCCAAGCAAGAAAAGCGAACUGCAAGUUGGCUUAACAUUGCAUUCUGCUUUAAUCUACUUUGCGCACACACAUGCACGCACGUGCAAAAUAUUGUAGGUGUUCCUGCAGAACCAAAGGAGACCCUAGAGAAGGCAAAACCAUUCCCUAUACAACUGGCUCACGAUGGAAAAGUUUAAAGACUCUUUCUUGUUGCCCAGUAAUUUUGAGUCACUGCUCUCUCUGUGAUUGUUACUCUGGGUGAAGGAAGCUCUGGCAACAGCAAUUUAAAAAAUAAAAAAUAGGAAGAGAGAAGAGUUUUGAACCUUGGGGGGACUUCCUGCUUUCCUAUGCUGCUUUUUCGAUUCCAUUUGGGCCACCACUUUAUAGAGUUUCAUCAGUUUUACUACAACCUCCAGUUUGGUGCUACAGCAGUGUUAGAAGUCAUAACGUCAUAAAUGUUUUGCAUCCACAGCUACUGAUGCAUGCAGGAGACCCAGAUAUUCUCUUGCUCCCCUCUUUAGAUGCACCAUGUCUUCUGGAAGCCAGCAGCAGCAGCGUUGCAACCUCACUAAGCCAACAUUCACUGAAAAACAAGCUGCUGAACUGGUCAAGAGGAUAUUUGGACUGGAAGUCUCCCAGCUCACACCGCUGCCGAGCUAUGACGAUCAAAACUUCCACAUGUGCACCGCUUCGUUCACAGAGAAAGGAGAAAGCCCCCGGGAAUUUGUCCUCAAAAUUACAAACUGUGAAGAUAGCCAGAAUUCUGAGCUCAUCGAGGUACAGACCCAGAUAAUGAUGUUUCUGAACAGCGAGGGUUUUCCUGUGGCCUUGCCCCAUCUCACCCAAGAGGGCAAAGUGAUGUUUCUGCAAACAGUAGAGACUGGAUCCUCCACCCAGGAGUAUGUGGUGAGGUUGUUGAGCUACUUGCCGGGCACAACUGUGGCCACGCUUCCUGUGAGUCCCCCAGUUCUCUACGAGAUUGGGCAAAUGGCAGCCAAACUGGAUAAAACACUUGCAGAGAAAUUCCAACAUCCGUUGAUAAAAAGCUUACACAGGGGUGAAUUUAUCUGGAAUCUGACAAACGUUCCUCUUUUGAAAAAAUACAUUUAUGCUCUUGGCAAGAGGGAGUAUCUGGAAGCAGCGAACCAGGUUAUUGAGCAGUUUCAAGUUCAAAUCAUUCCAAAGCUGAGCUCCUUUCGACCCUGCAUCAAUCAUGGAGACUUCAAUGACCACAAUAUUCUAGUCGACGUUGUUUCGGCUUCCCCUCCAAAUCCACACUACAGAAUCUCCGGGAUUUUGGACUUCGGUGACAUGAGUUACGGCUACUACGUGUUUGAAGUAGCGAUUGCCAUGAUGUACAUGAUGAUUGAAAGUAAAGACCCCCUCCUGGUGGGUGGCCACAUCCUGGCUGGAUUUGAAAGCGUCGUUCCUUUGACUACGGAAGAGCGAGCCGCCCUGUUUCUCCUGGUGUGUGGGAGGUACGCUCAGUCGCUUGUGAUUGCCGCCCACAUGACAAUCUUACACCCUGAGAAUGAGGAGUAUUUAAUGAUCACAGCCAAAAAGGGAUGGAAGCAUUUGAUGAUGCUUGUUGAGAUGGGCCAAGAGACAGUCGAGAAGAUCUGGUUUCAGACGGCAGAAUCUUAUCUGAAAUGAUCUACCACCAUCUCUGAGGACACCGUUAUGGAUGUUAUCAAGCUGGAACCAGGGGCUCAGCAAAAAUUUAAGGGCCACGACUAGGAAAGGCUUAUCAUGCUACUGAAGAAUUGUUUCAGGCCCAAUACACAGUCCCCACAUAUAAAACACAGUCUUGCUGUUUUCCUACAAACUCAUUACUUAUGAAAGAGUUGCCCCAAUUCCGGGAUGACAUUUUCCACAUUGUUCGGAAGAAGGUCGUGCUCCUGUUGCAGCUUUGCUUCUUCCAUGCCCCCCCCCACAAUAUUUGCCCCCUUUUGUGAUUUUCCAUAUCACAUCCAGCUUUGACUACUAACAUUCAAAACAUGCUAAUACUUCUGCAGCAUUGGAGUUGCUCCUGAUAUAAAUAUAAUCCGUCUCAAUGUUUUGAUUUUUGUUAUCGCGAUAUACCACCGUACAAACUACACAGAGCGAUUCAGUUUAAAGCUUUACUUACCUGGUAUUUAUCACUGCAACAUUAUAAUUUCUCUCUCCCAAUGAAAUUUGAAU